GAUUUAUGCGCGUCAUCAACAGAGGGCCGUCGCUUUCCUAAAUAUUGGAUUUGUAGCACGCUGCUGUAAAAAAUCACAACAAAUCUAAGAAAAAAACACACAAAAGGAUGCCAAUCAUCAAUUCGUAAUCGGGUUAACUUAUAGAAGGCAUUUCCAUUCAUCCGCGGUUCGUAGUGUUUCUUUCUUUUGGAAAUAGGCCUAUAGAUAGAAAAACAUGGCAGGUUUUGGUAAGUUCACCCACGCUGUCGUCCGGGGUAUCCCAACAUCGCUUGCGAAAGAAGCACUCAGGACGGACCAGUUGGACGUGGUGGACCUCGAGAAGGCUCAGAAGGAGCAUGAAGUGUAUGUGGAUGUCCUGAGGGAGAAACUCGGUCUGCAAGUGAUCCAACUCCCCGCGGACGAGUCCCUUCCCGAUUGCGUGUUUGUUGAAGAUGCAGCCGUGGUUUGCGGUGACACCGCGCUCAUUACCAGACCCGGAGCACAGAGCAGGAGGAACGAGACUGUGGCAAUGAAAUCUGCCCUCAAGGAGAUGGAUCUGAACAUUGUGGAAAUGACGGACGAUAAUGCAACUCUGGAUGGAGGCGACGUUCUUUUCACAGGUCUGGAGUUUUUCGUGGGUUUAUCCAAAAGGACCAAUCAGAAAGGAGCAGAUAUUCUGGCAGAUGCCUUCAAGGACUAUGUUGUGUCCACCGUGCCAGUGCUGGAGGGGUUGCACCUCAAGAGCUUCUGCAGCAUGGGGGGGCCAGGACUCAUCAUCAUCGGCUCCAGUGAACUAGCCCAAAAAACCCUCAAGAUUAUGCAGCAGAUGAGUGACCACCGCUAUGACAAGCUGACGGUGCCCGACGAUAUUGCCGCCAACUGCAUCUACAUGAACCUGCCCGACAAGGGACACGUACUGCUUCACUGCACACCAGAGGAGUUUCCAGAGAGCUCCAAAGCGUUUGAGAAGCUGAAAGACUACAUUCUGAUCCCGGUGUCCAACAUGGAGAAGGGCAAAGUUGACGGGGCACUCACAUGCUGCUCGGUGCUGAUCAACAAGAAGGCCCACGUCUGAGCUUACUGACUAAAUUACUCAAAGUUGGAAAAUUGUUUCAUCCAACGCCUAAUCGAGUUUCAGAUUACAACCAUAAUCACUGUUAAUGGAUAUAUAAAUAAAUAAAUAAAAAGUGAUUAAGAAAAUGG